CGUUAGACAUAUAUUUGGUAUUGAAUGGUUCAUGUCAAUGCUGCUAAGAGUAAAUUAAUGUAAAAUAAAUUUGGUUACCACAAAGUGAUGUAUAUAAAGAAGAAACUGCUUCAACAAGAAAACCACAACAAACAACGUUGGUCCAAUUUGCACAUUUUUUUGUUACUGUUUUUUCAUCAGCACCAUGACUAGAAAGAAGGUGAAGUUGGCAUUCAUAGCCAAUGACUCAGCUAGGAAGGCAACAUUCAAGAAAAGGAAGAAGGGUCUAAUGAAGAAGGUUAGUGAACUUAGCACCCUUUGUGGGAUUGAUGCAUGUGCAAUUGUUUACAGUUCCUAUGAUCCUCAACCUGAGGUUUGGCCAUCCCCAAUGGGGGUUCAAAGGGUGCUUAGUAAGUUCAGGAGAAUGCCUGAACUGGAGCAAAGCAAGAAGAUGGUGAACCAAGAGAGUUUUCUGAGGCAGAGGAUCAUGAAGGCCAAAGACCAGUUGAAGAAACAAAGGAAGGAUAAUAGGGAAAAGGAGAUGACUCAGCUCAUGUUUCAAUACCUUAGUGCAGGUAAGAUCAUGCACAAUAUAAGCAUGGUUGACUUGAAUGAUCUGGCUUGGUUGAUUGACCAGAACUUGAAGGAUAUCAACAGAAGGAUUGAGGUGUUGACUAAGAAUGUUCAAAGUCAACCACAAAUUGCAGCACCAGUGGUGACUGAUGUUGUUGCCAAGGUUGAAGACAAUGGACAAGGGAGUCAGCAUGGCCAGCAGGGGUUUGAUAUCAACGUGGAUCUCAUGCAGAAGCAGAAUUGGUUUAUGAAUUUGAUGAAUAAUGGCAGCGGCGGUGGUGGUGCUGGGAAUGAGGCUAUGCCUUUUGUUGGAGAUGUUAAUCAACAAAAUGGCUUUUGGCCUAAUCCUUUUUUCCAUUGAAAAAUGUCACGUGCUUGGUUUAAUGUUUAGCUAUCAUGGCACGAAAAUAAGUGAACAUGGAUUCAUUCAUAGUCUAGGAGUCGCAUGUUUAUUUCUUUGUUUCACCACUUUGUAAAUAGCUCAGGUUUACUUUCAAUAAGGAUUGUU